AUGACGGCUUUGCAUCAAGUUCUCCAAACUCCUGAACUUCUGACUCUGGUUUUUGAAAGUGCCGCCAGCGACGAGAGGCAGUCGAAGGCACUACUGGCGGUGGCUGCUUGUGUCAAUAGCACAUGGUUCAAACUCGCAACGUCUGUCCUUUGGGGCCAGGUUCGUGAUGAAUCACUUGACGUCCGCGCUUUGGCUACCAUCACCAGGGCUAGGCGUCAACGAUAUGCCUCGAAAAUCAAACACCUUGAUUUUACCUGGAACAGAGACGCUACCAUACAUUCGCUGUUGAAAAGACUCAAAUUUCCUAUGUUGAAGCGCCUUGUAUUGGACAAUCAAGGAGGCAUGCACAAUCAAAGGCCAUGUCCUGUCGCCCAAUACCUCCAGCCAUCUGUCGAGAUUUUGGAAGUGCACAAUCUGGACAAGCAAUUUGACCAAGGCUUUGUUGAUCUCAUGUAAAAUUGCCCACAUCUGAGGAGCUUCUGGUUGACCUCGGUCGGAACGACGUUGUCUGCGAAAGAGUUGUCUGGGAUUUUUGCCGCAGUCCAAAACGUCAGAAGUCUCAUUCUGAAGUUCACCAACAGCAAUCUCACUGGUGAU